UAUGUGUUAUUGGUGAAGACCAACGGAUAAUGUUUCAUUCCCUCCCUUGUGCUGGCUAAGCCUAGCUGGUUCUCUUCCUCAAAAUGCCCAUAUGCAUUUCUUCUUCCUCUUCCUCGCCCCUUUCUGUUCAACUCCCCCUAAAAGGUUGCUCAUCAUCUGCGUGUUACACUCGGCGGAGCUUGUGUUUCCCUAACAGGGUAAACUUUAUUGCGAAAAGAAACCAUAAUCAAGGUUCACGGAAUACAUGCAGGGCAUGCUGUUUCCUGGGAGUCACUGUUCCACCCAGUACCCAACUCUCGCUAAUAGAUGUGAGUACUUCAGCAAAGCCAUUUUAUGUAAAUGAAAUCUCUCAGAGCGACACUGUGUCAGAGUUGAUGCGAAGUCUAGUCCUGGCAGAUUUGGACCCAGCCACAGCAAAGCUGACAAUCACUUUCCUGGGUCCCUUCCUCUCAGCAUUUGCUUUCUUGUUUAUUGUAAGAAUAGUUAUGUCUUGGUACCCCAAGCUUCCAGUUGGGAAAUUCCCAUACGUGUUAGCUUACGCCCCUACUGAACCUAUCCUUAGCCUGACCCGCAAGGUGAUUCCACCCCUUGGCGGUGUAGAUGUAACCCCAGUGGUGUGGUUCGGAUUGGUCAGUUUCCUAAAUGAAAUACUGGUAGGUCCUCAAGGCUUACUUGUCCUCUUAUCCCAACAGGUUUAGCAUUAUUAUAAAUUUUGUGAGUAAAAUACAUUGAUAUACUGCAAUAAGAAAUAAUUUGUUUCUUA